GCACUCCUCUGGAGAUAAUUGAUUCUGGAUAGACAGAUUCAGCUGAGAAGAGGAGAAAUAUUCGUCCGAUCAUUCUGGGUAACCUGUUCAGUGUCUAAAGAGCAAAGAUUAUUAAGAGAAACAGAGCAAAGGAAGAUAAACAUGCCUCUUCCAGUUCUUCCCAUGCUGGGCCCGAUUUCUGUGUCUGAGAGCCUCGUGGCCAUCAUCACGAUAUGUGUGGUGUAUCUGCUCAUGCGCCUCACACAUAUUAAGAUCCCAGAAGGGCUCCAGAAGCUGCCGGGACCGAAGCCUCUUCCCAUCAUCGGAAAUGUCCUGGAAGUGGGAAACAACCCACAUCUGAGCCUGACCGCCAUGAGUAAGUGCUACGGCCCUGUCUUCCAGAUCCAGAUCGGGAUGCGUCCCGUUGUAGUACUCAGCGGAAACGACGUGAUCCGUCAAGCUCUCCUCAAACAAGGCGAGGAGUUCGCCGGACGUCCGGAUCUCCACAGCAGCAAGUUCAUCAGCGACGGAAAGAGCCUGGCCUUUAGUACGGAUCAGGUGGGUGUCUGGCGCGCCCGUCGCAAGCUGGCCCUCAGCGCCCUGCGCACAUUUUCCACGGUGCAAGGCGAAAGCUCAGAGUAUUCAUGUGCCCUUGAGGAGCACAUCAGCAAGGAAGGUCUCUAUCUGACUGAAAGGCUUCACAGCGUCAUGAAGGCCGACGGGAGUUUCGAUCCCUUCCGGCACAUCGUGGUGUCUGUGGCCAACGUGAUCUGCGGGAUCUGCUUCGGCCGGCGCUACAGCCACGACGACGACGAGCUGGUGGUCUUGGUCAACAUAAGCAACGAGUUCGGGAAGGUCGUGGGAAACGGCAAUCCUGCGGACUUCAUCCCUUUCUUGCGUAUCCUGCCCAGCACGUCGAUGAAAAAGUUUGUGGACCUCAACGCUCGCUUCAGCAAGUUGGUGAAGAAGAUCGUCAAUGACCAUUACAACAACUUCAACAAGGAUAACAUCCGAGACAUCACCGAUUCGCUCAUCAACCACUGCGAAGACCGGAAACUGGACGAGAACUCAAACAUCCAGGUGUCCGAUGAGAAGAUCGUCGGAAUCGUCAAUGACCUCUUCGGAGCUGGUUUCGACACGAUCAGUACGGCUCUGUCUUGGGGUGUCGUCUAUCUAGUGGCCUACCCUGAGAUCCAGGAGCGACUGCAAAGAGAGAUGAAGGAAAAGAUCGGACUGGACCGUACGCCACGUUUGUCAGACAGAACGGACUUGCCGCUUCUCGAGGCCUUCGUUCUGGAGAUCUUCCGUCAUUCAUCCUUCGUUCCUUUCACCAUUCCUCACUGUACGUCUAAAGACACGUCGCUCAACGGAUAUUUCAUUCCCAAAGACACCUGUGUGUUUGUAAACCAGUGGCAAGUCAACCAUGACCCAGAACUGUGGAAGGAUCCUUCGAGCUUCAACCCCGACCGAUUCCUCACCGCAGACGGUACAGAACUGAAUAAGAUGGAAGGAGAGAAGGUGUUGAUUUUUGGACUUGGGAAGCGGCGCUGCAUUGGAGAGUCCAUCGGACGUGCCGAGGUCUUCCUGUUCCUGGCCAUCCUUCUCCAGAGGUUAAAGUUCAGCGGGAUGCCCGGAGAAAUGCUGGAUUUGACGCCAGAGUACGGGCUGGCCAUGAAACACAAGCCCUGUAUGCUCCGUGUCACGCCACAACCCGGCUUCUGAAACAAAAACAACGUUGUUGUUUGAGUUGAGAUCCGUAGCGCCUUCAUUUGUGAUUCCGGUUUGGCACAAACCUCGCCGUCGGCUCGCAAUGCCAAAUAUUUAAAAGAUGCUUGACUGCGAUGCAGGUGAAAGCAUCCGGUGCAUUUUACUGCAGUUAUUUCAACCAUGCUGGAUAACCCAGAGUGUGCAUGUGGCUUUAUCACCUUUAUCAUGUACAUACAUCUGUGUUUUCAUAUGCAUGUGCACGUAUGCAUGGGUUUGUCCUUUCAAAACUCGAAUGCUGAUGCUGAUAACAUAUUUGUGCUUCCAAAUAUAGUGCACAGAUAACACCGAGUGCCUGUCGCAGCGCAUGCGUCUGUCAAACGAAUGCCUUCUGUUGUCAUAAGCUUAACGCAGGUUCCUCAGAUCUGCUGGACUACAUACACUGAAGCUAUUUUCUGCUCGAUUACAAUCCCAAAAUGUGAUCCUCUUUUACUAUGCACAUUUUUCAUGUGCCUGAUCUUACGUUUGUACAGACUGUUGAAAUUUGUAUAUACCUUUUUAUAUUUAUCAAGGUGCUUCUGGACAUUCAAUAUCAUUCUAAAUCAAAUUUACGUCCCUGAAUUAUGUUUUAGUUGUUUAAUUGUCUCUAUGACCUGAUACUCUUUGUGGCAGGUGCUUACUGUUUUGUAUAAUGAAGGAAUUUAAUGUUCUGAAGUACUAUUCAUGUAAAUGUUGUCCCAUAUAAACAUUGUUUUUGCAUAGCCUAUUUAUGAUUUUCUAAAUGAAUAAUAAAACUUUAAUUUUGAA